UGUAGGUUUCCAGUGAGACAUAUUGCCAGCCACGACCCAGAUAUUCAAACAAAUCUAACAAGACGUUAAUAGGAUCAUCACAGUGACAGAUACUGGAUUACCUUAUCACUAUAAGAGAAGGUGGGAGAAGUCAUCUAGUGACCAGAGGAUGUGGACCUGGUACAAAUUAUUAAUUUUCUUUUACCUUACAACGGAAAUUUGGAUGGAAAAGCAAUUUGUCUCCCGGAGAGGUAUGAACCUACAAGCUUAUUCGACUGGGAAUUUCACUGAUUUGGAAAGAACGAGAUUUAAAAGAGCACUUUACAAGGGACAUUACUGUAGGACUCGUGGCUGUUGUGAAGACAGAAAUGAUGACUGUGUAACUCAUUUCUAUGAGGCAAAUGCCAUGUGUUACUGUGAUAAAUUCUGCGAAAGGGAAAAUUCUGAUUGCUGUCCUGAUUACAAGUUCUUUUGCCAAGGAGACAAUCUGUAUCAAAAAGGUUGCCUCAGAGAUGGUCGACAUUAUGAGGAAGGAUCUGUAAUUAAAGAAAACUGCAAUGACUGCACGUGCUCGGACCAGCAGUGGCGAUGCUCCCAGCAAGUAUGCCUUGUUCGUCCAGAAUUAAUUGAAAACAUCAAUACUAGAGAUUAUGGAUGGACGGCUCAUAAUUACAGUCAAUUCUGGGGAAUGACUUUAGAAGAAGGCUACAAAUUUCGCCUUGGCACCUUGCCUCCUUCUCCUACACUUCUGAGCAUGAAUGAAAUAACAGUCACUUUGCCUUCAAAGAUUGAUCUUCCAGAAUUUUUUAUCUCCUCCUACAAGUGGCCUGGAUGGACUCAUGACCCAUUGGAUCAAAAAAAUUGUGCUGCAUCCUGGGCAUUUUCUACUGCAAGUGUGGCAGCUGAUCGAAUAGCAAUUCAGUCCAAUGGUCGCUACACAGCCAAUCUAUCCCCUCAGAAUUUGAUCUCUUGCUGUGUCAGGAAUCGGCAUGGAUGCAAAGGAGGGAGCAUUGACAAAGCUUGGUGGUACCUGAGAAAACGUGGGUUGGUAUCUCAUGCAUGCUACCCACUUUUUAAGGACCAAAUCUUCAACAACAAUGGCUGUGACAUGGCAAGUCGUUCUGAUGGACGGGGCAAAAGGCAUGCCACAAAACCAUGUCCAAACAACAUAGAAAAAUCUAAUCGAAUAUACCAGUGCUCUCCUCCAUAUAGAGUCUCUUCCAAUGAAACUGAAAUAAUGAAAGAAAUCAUCCAGAAUGGGCCAGUACAAGCAAUAAUGCAAGUCCAUGAAGAUUUCUUCCAUUACAAAACAGGAAUAUAUAGGCAUGUCAACAGCAUAAAGGAUGAAUCAGAAAAAUACAGAAAUCUACGCACACAUGCAGUCAAACUCACUGGAUGGGGGGUACUCAGAGGAGCAAAAGGAAGAAAAGAAAAAUUUUGGAUUGCUGCCAAUUCCUGGGGAAAGUCAUGGGGAGAGAAUGGAUAUUUCAGGAUUCUUCGCGGUGUGAAUGAGUCUGACAUUGAAAAGUUGAUUAUCGCUGCUUGGGGCCAUUUGACAAGUUCAGAUGAACCAUAAUAUAUCAUCAAAUUUGCUUGACGCCCUGCAUUUAAGUAAACCUCUUAAAAUGAGGUUUUGCAACUUGAGGGUCCCUCUAACAAUGGAAUGUAAAUGUCCUAACGUGAUUAAUUCAUAACUGUUUUUUGUUUUGUUUUAACUCAGCACUAUACUGCUGCUUUCUUUAUUUCACUGAGUUACACAAAACCAUUAAUACAGCACAGCAGUAGUAUAAGCUACACAAAGCUCUUUUAAAGUGUCUCAUCUCUUCUUUCUUCUUUAGUGUUAGGGCCUUUAAUGGUUCACCAUCUGUGAUAAGACAUCAUUUCUCAGCAUCAUUUGCUUAAAAGGAUGAGAACACCCAUUAACAGAAAUGGUAGUUCAUUUCUUCAGUGGUACAAGUCUCAAGAGCACAAAAAAUGAAGGAGUGAUCCUGUCCUUUUAUAUCUGUGUCACUUUUUUUAUGGUGAUUCUUUCCUCAAUACAAAUAUGGCCCAUGUGACACUGAAAACAGUGAAAUUAGAUUUUUUUUUCUCCCAAUGACCUGGCAGUUAUCACUCAUUUCCUUUGGAAGUAGCAGAUUUUUUUUUUUUACAGCACUUCCGUGACUUACAUGACAUGAUUUACAGGAAAAUCCAUACACAGGAAGCUGCUGCAGUUCUGUAUGUAACAAAAUAUGAUAGGAAAUAGAUGUCAUGUAAUAUGAAAAGGUGGAGUGCUAGGAAAAGAAAGCCUACUCUUGUCCUGCUUUCAAUGUUUCUAAAACUUCUCUGAAGCUUAUUGAAAUUAGUUACACAAUUGUAAUUGGAAAGAUUGUAUUUUUUCCUUCUGAAAACAGCAACAUGACGCCUUGAGUCAGAAAGAAUAAAUAUCCCUUUAUCACAAUCA